AUGGCCAGAUUGACCUAUCGAGAUCUCCUGCAAGAUUCAGGCGAAAUUAUACACUAUGGCGAGGAAUUGUGUAACGCAUCAGCCAUAGGAAACACCAUGAAAGUGCAAGAAAUUAUUAGCCGGCAUCCUGAAUUGGUCAAGUUUCAGAACAAGCAAGGACAAACUCCACUACACACAGCCGCUUAUGGUGGUCACGUGGGUGCCGUCGACGCCUUAGUUACCAAUGACGCCCCACUAGAAAGACAAGAUAAAGAGGGACAAACGCCACUAGCGUCUGCAGUAGAUGGAAAUGAACCAAAAGUAGUGAGGUAUCUUUUGGAAGCUGGCAGCAAGAUAAAUGCAUCAAACAAGAUGUCCUUCACUCCACUGUACUUAGCUACUCUACAUGACCAACAGAAGUGCGUCGAAAUACUGCUUGAACGCUGGCCAGAAGCGUGUAAUAUCAAUUUCAAGGACAGUCGCGGUAAUACACCACUUUUUAUCGCCAUCCGCAUGAGCAACAAGCCAAUAAUAGAUUUGUUGGUGGGUCAUCAGAAAGUUGACCUCACUCUGAAAGACAGCCAAGAGAUGAACUGCUUGCACUACGCAGCCCUUUGUGGGAACAGUUUUGCCGUGGAGAGGAUUCUGAAGGUGGCACCAGAUUUAAUCAACAUCCCAAGAAGUGACGGGCUUACAGCACUUCACAUUGCCGCUAUAAAUGGCCGCACGGAUGUAGUGCUGACACUCGUAAAACAGAAAGAAGAAAAUGGGUCCGGAGCUUCUGUUACAAUAAUAUGUUACAUAAAUAUAUAUAUUUAUAUAUAUCUCCUUGCAAAGAACAAUUGCGAAAAAGAACUCAAAUACAUGAAGGAUAAGACGGCACUGCUUCUGGCCGUAGAGAAACAACACGCCGAAUGCGUCAAGGCUCUACUUGACAACGGUGCUGAUGUGAACGCCCAGGACUCAAGGGACCAAUCCUGCUUCCAUUUAGUCAUGGUAAGAAGUGUAAGUAACCAGGGUGCUGUGUCGUCCGUAAUUUUUCAGCUGUUACUGGAACGCGAGGGUGCUGACUUCACACUGAAAAACAACCAGGGACUCAGUUGUUUGCAUUUUGCUGCACAUUCAGGAAAUACGCCUGCGAUCGAGAAGAUUUUGGAAGUCGUGCCGUGGUUGAUCAACCUGCCACAAAAUGACGGUAUGACUGCGCUACACAUCGCUGCUAACAAGGGCUUUACAGACACGGUAACGAGCCUUGCAAAGAAGGAUAACUGCUCAAAGGGUCUCAAAAACAACAACGGAGUGACGGCACUGCAUCUUGCUGUUGUCCAGAUGCACUACGAAUGCAUAGAGAUUUUGCUUAAUCACGGUGCCGAUGUGAACGCCCAAGAUAAGGAAGGUAACACUAGCCUCCAUCGUUGCAUGAUGACAGCCACCUUGGAUGCAAAACUCCGCCCAACAAACCAGGAAGAAGGAGAUGCAGUCUUUUCAGCCGUUUUAAAGAAUGACAGACCAAUAAUCAAAUUUGGUGUUCAGACUGUGUUGGAAAAAGCACCAUCUUUGAUCAAUUCCAUCGCGACCGAUGGGCUAACAGCACUACACUUCGCUGCCUCUAACGGCAAAACAGAUAUAGUUUUGACCCUAAUUAAACAGGAGAAGUGUAAGAAGGAUCCGAAAAACUUAAAGGAAGAGACUCCGCUACAUUUAGCCAUACAAAUGGGUCACUUCGAGUGCGCCGACGCUCUCAUAAAGAAUGGUGCUGACGUGAAUGCCCAAGACAAAGAUGGUAACACCGGUCUUCAUCGUUUAAUGAUCCAAGUAUCAUUGCAAGAAAGCCUGAGUACUACACCGGCAGGACAGGACAACUGCAGGAAAGAUGCAAAACGCACUGAUGGGCGCACAGCAUUACACCUAGCAGUUGAAUUUUGUCGCUACCAGUGUGUGCAGAUCCUACUUGAUAACGGUGCCGAUGUGAACGCCCAAGAUAAAGAGGGCAACACUAGUCUCCACCUCAUUGUGGAUUUGAUUUUCAAAAACCCUGCAAACUCAACGGCAAAUAUGAAGGACGGUGGAAAAGUGUCGGUCUUGAACAUUGCGAAAGAUGACCAAAAAAUUAUCGAGUUGCUGGUACAACAUCCAAAUGCUGACCUCCGAUUGGAAAACGACGAAGAUUUCAACUGCUUACAGUAUGCGGCCCUCAAGAACAACAGCUUUGCCGUGGACACGAUGUUGAAGUUUAAUCCUUCGUUGAUCAACACAACUGGGAGUGAAGAUCUUACGGCACUUCAUAUUGCCGCAUCUAAUGGAUUUGUACAAGUACUGUCAGCCCUUCUGGAGGAGAAAACGUGCCGGAAAGAUAUCAAGAGUGUGAGUGGCCAGACAGCACUACACCUGGCAGUUGAGAAGUGCCAAUUCGAGUGCACCAAGGCUCUGUUGGAAAGUGACGCUGACGUGAAUGCACAAGAUAUUCAUGGCAACUCAAGCCUCCAUCUGGUCAUAGAAAAAGUCUCACUGAAGAACAUUUCUAUGGUAACAACAAAAUCUGAUGAUGGAGACCCACAAAAGCUUUUGGUCACUUUUAAAAACAACAAGCAAGUCAUCAAGUUGUUGGUAAAUCAUCCAAAAGUCGACCUCACUCUGCGAAAUAAGUCGGAUUUCAACUGUUUACAUCUUGCGGCCAUCAACGGAAACACUUUUGCCAUAAGGAGUAUUUUGGAGGCAAAUCCUAGCUUAGUUAAAUCUGUGUUCGGAAAGGACCGGAGCACAGCUCUGCACCUUGCCGCUCUCAACGGCCACACAGAUGUAGUGGCCGCCCUUUGUGAACACGACAUGUGCGAGACAGAUCAUCCAAACGCCAAUGGGCAGACUGCGCUUCACGUGGCCACGGAUUGUUGCAACAGAAAAAUUGUUGAGAUCCUACUCAACAAAGGUGUAAACGUAAACGCCCAAGACAAGGAUGGAGACACGUGUAUGCAUCUGCUCAUGUCAAAAGCCCUAAAGAAAGAAGCACCAGCAUCUCUGGACAUCCAGCAUAUCACCACGCUGUUUGUAGAACACCAGAAUAUUGAUCUCUUGCUGACCAAUAAAAAGGGGGACACUUCCUUGCAUUGUGCAGCCUUCGUUGGAAACAACGAUGCCGUGGAGAAGACACUGAAGGUUACGCCGUCAGUUAUUAACAUCACAAGCCAAACGUUCACGGCACUACACAUCGCAUCCCUUUACGGCAAAGCGGAUGUAGUGCAGACCCUUGCUAAACAGCCUAACUGCAUUACAGAUCGCCAGAACGGGAACGGUCAGACGGCACUUCAUCUCGCCAUUGAUAAAAGCCAUUACAAGUGCAUCGAGGCUCUGGUUACCAACGGUGCUGAUGUGAACACCCAGGACAAAGAUGGCAACACCAGCCUCCAUCUGGUCAUGAUGAAAGAAACCACGAGAGAAAUGUUAAUUUCUACAUCACGCGAGCAGUUGGCGGAUCUUGCGAAGACUAUCGAAGAGGAAGGCGGCAUUCGUGACGCAAGGACCAACCUCGUUGCGUUAAUUAUCAGCCUCCUUAAACAUGGCGCCAACGUCCGCAAAAUGAACAGCAAGGAGAAGGAUGUUCUUCACCUCUGCCCAAACGCUGAUGUUGAGUCCUUCUUAGCCGAGUUUGGCGGUAUUCGAAAGGUAACAGAAGCUAGUAAUUGA